AUGGGCAAAGCAUACGUCAUUGGUGUCGGCUCGACCAAGUUUGACAAGCCUCGCGGCCUUCGUGACUACCCCGAGCUCGGUCUCGAGGCCGCCGUCAAGGCUCUGCAGGAUGCGGGCGUCACCUACGACGCCAUUGAGACUGCUGCGUGCGGCUACGUCUACGGCGACUCGACCUGUGGCCAGCGUGUGCUGUACCAGCUCGGCAUGACCGGCAUCCCUAUCAUCAACGUCAACAACAACUGCUCGACGGGAUCGUCGGCAUUUGUGACUGCCGUCAAUUCGAUUCUUGCCGGCCAGGCCGAGUGUGCUCUCGCUCUCGGCUUUGAGAAGAUGAACCCCGGAUCGCUCUCGAGCCCUUGGAAGGACCGUGAGGGCCCCAUCAACGGCACCAACAAGCAGAUGGUCGAGAUUGAGGCCAGCAAGCAGUACCCAACCAAGGAGUUUGGUCCGGGUGCCGGCCAGAUCUUCGCCGCCGCUGGUCUCGAGUACGGGGAGAAGUAUGGAGCAAAGCCCAUCCACAUGGCCAAGAUUUCGGCCAAGAACCACGCCCACAGUGCCAAGAACCCGUACUCGCAGUUCACCUUUGUGCCCACGCCCGAGGAGGUUCUUAACGCUCGCAAGAUUACUCGCGACCUUACCCUCCCUAUGUGCUCGCCCACUUCGGACGGCGGUGCCGCUGCGGUUGUUGCCAGUGAGGCGUUUGUCAAGAAGCACAACCUUCAGGACCGCGCCAUCGAGGUUGCCGGUUUCGGUGUCGCCACCGACUCGUCCCAGCUGUACGAGGCUCACUCGCGCAUCGAGCUUGCUGGUGCCGACAUGACCCGUCGCGCCUCGAAGAUUGCCUACAAGCAGGCUGGUGUGAGCCCGCAGGACAUCCAGGUCGUCGAGCUUCACGACUGCUUCGCUCCCAACGAGCUCAUCACCUACGACGGCCUUGGCCUCUGCCCGCCAGGCCAGGCCCACCUCCUCGUCGACGCCGGCGACAACACGUACGGCGGCAAGUAUGUCGUCAACCCUUCGGGCGGUCUCGAGUCCAAGGGACACCCUCUGGGCGCCACCGGUCUCGGCAUGAUCUUCUACCUCACCCUCCAGCUCCGUAACGAGGCUGGCAAGAUGCAAGUCCCCAACGUCAAGAACGCCAUGGCCCACAACCUCGGUCUCGGCGGCAGUGCCGUUGUCACCAUCCUCCGCCGUCCGGCCUUUUACAAGAAGGGCACCAGUGCCACGGACCGUUUCGGCUACAACCCUGCUCUCGAGUGCCGCAGGAUCACCGACGGCGACCUCGCAAAGGUCCGCGCCAAGGAGUUCUCGGACUACGUCAAGCCCUCGAUCGCUCGUCUUUAA